UUUCAGGUACGCGCCUGUUCUGAUUGCGAUGUACAAUGUGUGGGAUCUGAUAUCAAGAUACAUUCCACUCGUAGACAGCUUGAAGUUGGAGUCCAGGAAGGGACUUAUGAUUGCAAUUCUUUCUCGUUUCUUACUCAUCCCAGCAUUCUACUUCACGGCUAAAUACGGUGACAAGGGAUGGAUGAUCCUGCUCACAUCUUUGUUGGGUCUCUCCAAUGGCUACCUCACUGUCUGUGUCCUUACUGUGGCACCUAAAGGUUACAAGGGACCUGAGCAAAACGCUUUGGGCAACUUGCUUGUGCUGUGUCUUUUAGGCGGUAUAUUUGCUGGGGUUGCUCUUGACUAG